AUGUCGGUCGCCUUCGGAUCCGCUCUGAGCGGCAGGAAGCGGCUCUUCGAGGACCGCGGUGGGGAGGAGCGCCUGGCGCCCGCCCCCGGCUUCGGGCUCUGCAAACGCGCCCGCCAGCUGCAGCCCCUGUGUCGCCUGCCGGAGGAGGACGGCCCCAUCGGCGGUUCGCACGCCAGGCAGAGCGCUCUCCUCAAGCUGGGGGGAAUGUUCCCGGAUGUGGAUGAAAAGAUAAUAGAACGGGUGUUGGAUAAUAAUGGGGACAACAUUGAGGCUGCCAUUGCUCAGCUUCACCAAUUGAGGCUAUCAAGCUCAAAUCCAGCAGAACAGCAGCCAGUGGCUCAUCAACAACACUUGGGACAAAGCACGGAUAGUGGCCCACAGUGCGGCCCAUCGAAUGGCAGCGGUGACCGUUUGUGGCCAUCUUGGCUGGAUCCUUUCCUGAAGCAGUUCUAUGAAUCUGGAGAGCCCGCAGAGGCACAAGCUCGUGUGGCAAGGGUGCUGGAAGAAUUUGAGAAUGCUAUAAUGGCCAAGUGCAAGAACGAAUCGGAGGAGCUGGCAGCAUUGAACGCGGAGCUUGACAAGGUGAAGAAAGGCAACGCUAUCCUGUCCAAAGCGGUGUCCGUCCAGCACUCACGUCUGCAGGAGCUUGGCACCAAGGACCAAGAGAUCCAGAGGAUGCGUGACAUGUUGGCACAGUACCAGGACAGGCUCAGAAGCCUCGAGCUCAGCAACUACUCUCUGACGAUGCACCUGCAGCGUGCCACCGGCCCCCCGUUCGGACCCAACAAUGGAGGCCCGCCAGAUGUGUGUUGA